UUUGUAAAGGCAAGAUAGGAAACUGAUGCACACAUGACAGUUUCUGACAUUUUGCUUGCUGAUAAGGUCAGAAGACGCUUUCACGCAAUUAAAUCGCACUUAAAGACCAAUAAACCGUGGAGUAGCCUAACUCAUCGACAUGAAAAAGCAGAAGACUGCCAGAUAGAACGAAGAAACGCAACACUCAGGCCAUCCGACACUGACGAGCAGGUUACAUGAAUGUUUUAAAUGGCGAAUAACCGCACCUCCUUUUCAAUUCAUAACAUAUUAAACCGAGGAAGUGAUUCCGGGAGAAAUACCUUUCUUGUUGAGGACGCAGAUGAACGGGUAAACGGGAACAGAGGAGCGCGGGACUGCUCCGGUUCAUCUCUGUCGGUGCGUAUGACCGGAGCCGAAAGCGCACAGCGGCGCAUCUCUUCCUGUGUGCUCGUGUUGGACUCAUCAUCCUCGGACCAGCAUUCAUGUGAGGAGGAAUCAACAGGUGAAGACACUUCAGAAAGACAACAAGAUCACGACACUGACGGAGAGAAGUCCCGGGGAUGUAACUUUGGAGUCAAUAACCCCAAAUCUAGCAAGAAGAGAUCUCGUGCCGCGUUCUCUCACGCGCAGGUGUACGAGUUGGAGCGGCGCUUUAACCUGCAACGUUAUCUGUCCGGACCCGAACGCGCGGAUCUGGCAGGUGCCCUCAAACUGACCGAGACACAGGUGAAAAUAUGGUUCCAGAACAGGAGAUACAAAACCAAACGGCGACAAAUGGCGUCCGAGCUUGCGACAACUCCGACGACAACCCUGGCAAAGAGAGUCGCGGUGAAGGUGCUUGUGAACAACAACCAGAGGCAAUACAGGGCCGAGGAGCUGCCCAAUCCGUCUGUACCUCCCUUACAUCCAUCAUUCCCUUACUAUCCCUACAUGUUCUGCUUUCCGCCUUGGACCUCAGGAAACACUUUAAGUGGUGGCUUGUACUGAAUUACUGGAGCUUGAGACAAAUCUAUAAUACAGCCAAAGUGCAUUUAUGAAGAACAGAGCAAACCAAAUCAUAUUCUUCCAACAGGAUUACUGAAUGUAUCCAAAGAAGCCAAAAGGAUAACCAGGGCAAAGUGUGAUUUUCACUACGAAUCAUUUUAUUUCAGAUGAUUAAGCCAAAGAGUAAACAUUUACUCAGUUGAAAUGUUUAUCAAAAUUGUUAUAAUAAAAUGCUUGGCCCUAAAAAGUAUCAAAAGAGUUCUUAACUCACCCCAAAGUUAAAAAUGUAGGAAUUAUAUUGCAUUAGAUAAUAAAAUAAAAAGUGUCAUCUGCCAAAUGAUGUAAGAGUUAUACUAAAAUCUAGCUUUUCAUUUUGUAUCCAUGUUUGUUUUUAUUUUUCUUAAAACACAGGAUCCCAAAAUAGCAUUGAGAUGAUGAAUAAAGCUACUUUUAAAGUUCACGCAGGUGUAACAACAGACGUAGUUUGUCAUAUGGGGCAGUUUCCCGGAUAGGUAUUAGACUAGUCCUAGACUAAAGAGCUGUCCAAACUGAAAACUUCUUGCACUGACACAAAUACACGUAAUGUUUUUAGUAAGGCAUGUUUGUUAAAAUUUUUCCUAAUUAAACUAAGGUAUAGUCCUGGCUUAAGAUAAUCCCUGUCCGGGAAACCACCCCAUAUAGUUUUAUUAAAGUAGAUAUAUUAUUUUGAAGAAA